AUGUCACAGACCAAUUUCUACAUAUUAUUAGGACUUAUACAAGACAAAUUAAAGAAACACAGCAUACGUGAGUCUAUAAAUCCAGAGCAUAGGCUGCUUAUUACAUUAUUCUAUUUAUCUCAAGGCUGCAGUAUGCAGGUAGUUGCAUGGUCCUUUUUAAUCGGAAAAACUACUGUAUCUGUUAUAGUCAAGGAAACUUGCAAUGUCAUAUGGGAUGUUCUUAGUCCCGUAUAUUGUAAACAGCCAAUAGUCGAAGAAUGGAAAGAAAAGGCGAACGAAUUUUACAGGAAAUGGAAUCUCCCAAACUGUUGUGGUGCAAUCGAUGGUAAACAUAUUACCAUUCAAGCACCAAAUAAAUCAGGAUCUGCCUUCUUUAAUUAUAAGAAAACAUUCAGCAUCGUUCUGAUGGCUGUUUGUGAUGCCGAUUACGUGUUUACACUUGUAGACAUCGGAGCAUAUGGUUCACAAAGUGAUGGUGCAGUAUUUUCGGAGUUAGCCUUUGGACGAGGAUUGGAAUCCGGUAGGAUAAAAUUACCAGCAAGCACUACUAGCAUACUACUUUGUUGGAGAUCAGGCUUUUUCUCUAAAACCAUACAUUCUAAGACCUUAUCCGGGAAGAAAUUUAGAUGA